UUAUAGCACUCUACAAGAUGGCGUUGAUUUUCUAAUUUUUACUAUAUCCUUUUCUCCGAUACCUUAUUGACAAUUGUAAGCCGGUGAAAAAGAAAAUAUAGAUUUUAAGUCUAUCUUGUAUCUGAUCUGUGAUAUUAGUUUCGAGGUAUUUUUAAGAUUCUAAAUUUUAAAAUUCAAGUUGAAAUUUUACUUAGUGUACUUCUUCUAGUCAUAAAUAACUUUAUUGCUAUAAAAUGAAGGUUAUCAAUGACAAGUGACGAUGAAAUGAAUUUAUGUGUUGCUACACCUUUUGUAACAUUAAAUUAUCAAAUUGAAUAAAAUAAUGAUAAAAUAUGGGAAUAUUUAUUGAUACGCGACAAAUCAAUUCAUUUUUUUCCUUAAACAAUAUUGUGUUCAAUUAAUAACAUACAAUAUGUAAUGUAUAUAAAUGAAAGUACGAUGUACGAUUAUUAUUAUGUAAAAUAAAGUAUUUGUAAUUCAAAUUAUACAAAGUUUUUAAAAAAUCGUAAUAAUGGAAACUACUCAAACUUUGUAUCUUAAUCUUUUUGGUGAAGAUAAAAUACCUGUUUUAAAAGAAUUAUUGCAUGCUUGCGUUGAUGAAAUAUGUGGUAGACCAGGUCCAACCUAUCAUAAGUUUGUAAAUAGAAUGGAUUGGAGUAAAGAAGAAUACGAAGAAACGUAUAAGUUAAUAUCGAAUCUCUUAAGAAAUCCAGCAUCAUUGUACAUAACAGAGGAAAAGAUGCCACAAGAGUAUCAUGAAUUACCGGAGCAUAUACAACAAAAUAUAUUAUUGUGUUUAAAAUUGAGAAGAGAACAAUUAACGGAUGCUCUGUUGAAAGAAUGUUCCAAAGAAAAAUACGAGACUGUAAUCGAUUUUGAUUGGAAAUUAAAGCUUGUAAUGGGUUCCAGUAAAUUAGCUUCUUUGAGAGAACCUCUUCUUCAAUUGGAUCUCAUGCUUGAAAGUAAAAAUUCAAAACGUAUUUUAGAUAUGGAAUUAAACAAGGACGAAUUGGAUACGUUUAUAAGUACUAUGGAAAGUAUCGUUCAAUAAUUGUGAAUGUAAAUAAUGCAUAAAUAAUUAUAUAAUUAAGAUUUUUUGUACAAUCGAUGCAAGUUAUUUAAUUGUAAAUUUUUCGAGAUGGAAUAAAAAGACACGAUGUUA